UUCUCUCCUGACUACUCAGCAUCUCUUCACCUUCACUUCUACUAUUUGCUCAGCCUGGAGAACACUUUUUCCCCCAAAAAAUAUUUUUCUCUCUCCUCUUUUUGUUGACUUUUUAAACAAUCCCAGAUGCGCGUGUUGGUGCGUCCUGCGCGCGCCGUGCGUCAAAGUUGAAGGAGGAGGCAAUAAAGGCCGGAUUCUUUCCUUCUGGGGGGAACAUUUAAGUUUGCGGGCAUGAACGCGGAUACAUGCGUGUCUUACUGCGACAUGACGGCCAUGGAUUCUUACUUCAGUCCGCCGGCCGCGGCCGCCAGGGAGCAGCAGGCCGACACCUUCAGGACUUUCAACGCCGGCUUCGGGGGACCCAAGGGACAAUACGCAGACAAGUCCCGGGCUAGUCCCUUCCAGGCGCUGGACGGCGCGGAGGCCGAGGGCUCCUUCGCCAACAAGUACCCGCUCUACCUGCACUCCAGGCCCGCCUGCAAGACGCCGCCGGACGCCGGCAUGCUGGCCUGCUACGCCGGAAAAGACAACAACGGCCUGACAGAGUCCGAGCUGCCCUCUGGUGUCGACGCCCCCGGGAUGGAAGGCAGCUACCUAAACCUGAAGGAAAGUGGCGUGAAGGGGCCGAGCGAGCGUCCGGGUUCAGAUCUUUCCAGCCCCCUGGACAAAAACGAGGUUGAGAGCAACAAAGGCAAGAAGCGGCGCAAUCGCACAACGUUUACAAGCUACCAGCUGGAGGAGCUGGAGAAGGUCUUCCAGAAGACUCACUACCCAGACGUGUACGCCCGCGAGCAGCUGGCGCUGAGGACCGACCUGACGGAAGCUCGAGUGCAGGUGUGGUUCCAGAACCGCAGAGCCAAAUGGAGGAAGAGGGAGCGCUUUGGUCAGAUGCAACAGGUCCGAACACAUUUCUCUACUACUUACGAGCUGCCUCUCCUAACUCGGCCAGAGAACUAUGCGCAGAUCCAGAACCCUUCAUGGAUCGGUAGCAGCAGUGGAGCUUCUCCGGUGCCAGGUUGUGUGGUUCCCUGCGAUACCGUGCCCCCCUGCAUGCCCCCUCAUCCACACGGCCACGGCGGGGUCUCCGACUUCCUGGGUGUGCCCAGCCCAGGGGGGAGCCACAUGGGACAGACGCAUAUGGGCAGUCUUUUCGGGGGACCGGGAAUGGGCGGAGGAAUGAACGGCUACGAUCUCAAUGUGGACCCAGACCGCAAGUCAUCCAGCAUAGCGGCGCUGCGUAUGAAGGCCAAGGAGCACAGUGCCGCCAUUUCUUGGGCAACCUGAUGUUCCGCGCCUCCUGAGCGGCCAUCCUCGAGUACUAUGGGGGAGUUUUGCAGCGAGCACUAAUGCUAACGCAGGUCAAAUGAACGGGUAGAGACUGUACAGAUAGCAGCAUACAUCGCGGGGGAUUCAGUGAAAUACUGGGGACCAUUCACAUAGUGCUCAUUUCCAAAAAGUAAAAUGAGAAACAUAUACAGUACAAGCCAAAAGUUUGGACACACCUUCUCCUGAUUCAAUGCAUUUUCAUGACUAUUUACAUCAGGUCUGGGCAAUUAUUGACUCGGGGGCCACAUUUAGAGAAAACAAUGUGUAUGGGGGCCGGUAUAUCUAUUGUCAGGAACACGAAUACAAAAGCUCCCAAUAAUGUCUGAAAGAAUGCUAAAAACAUUAUGACAGACCGCCUUAAAAAACUUAAUGGAAUUUAAAUGUUUUUCUAUGAAGGAUAAAACACUGAAUAUUGACAAAAUAUAAAUGUCACACCCUCUUUUGAUCGACAUAUUUUACAACCAAGUGAAACGCAACAAAUGUGCAACAAAGUGAAAUAUGGACGCGAAGGGUACAAAAUAAACCCACCUACAAUCUGAUGUACCACUAAGUUUUAGAACUUUGUUGUGAAAAUCUACCACGUCUGUGGUGGCUCGUCUGAGCCACUGUGACAUAGAUUACCAUAGUAACUAAUUAGAUGACCAUAAUAACUAAUUAGAUGACCACAGUAACUAAUUGGAUGACCACAGUAACUAAUUAGAUGACCACAGUAACUAAUUAGAUGACCAUAGUAACUAAUUAGAUGACCACAGUAACUAAUUAGAUGACCACAGUAACUAAUUAGAUGACCAUAGUAACUAAUUAGAUGACCAUAGUAACUAAUUAGAUGACCAUAGUAACUAAUUAGAUGACCACAGUAACUAAUUAGAUGACCAUAGUAACUA